GGUCAACGCAGAUGCGUCACGAUGUUUGUUUUGGAAUACGGCAAGACUCGUUGUGUUUUGCCAUUAACAGUAGAACAGACAACAAAACGAAGUGGUUCGCCGCUAAAACCACCUAAGGUCAGUGAGCGGCGAAUGUCUGUUUUGACCAGAAAUGCAACAAAUGGAAUGUCGGGGACUGUUCAUUGUGUUUAAACCAACACGCUGCCGUCGGUUUCAGCUAGCGAAAAAUGGUAAACACCACACGGCAUGAAGAAAGGCCUGCAUGAAGGAGUUCAGGGACAAGUGGCAGCUUCUCGGGCAACGGACAUGAAGAACAUGAAUCAUGCAGGCCCAUUCGACUUGACUUAGAGAAGACUAAAAGACGACUGUGGUAGAAGCUCGACCUCCAUAAAAGGAGCAGAAAUGGGGAACACUGCGACUAAGUUCCGCAAGGCUCUCAUCAACGGGGACGAGAUGCUGGCCUGCCAACUCUAUGAAAGCAACCCACAGUUCAAGGAGGCUCUGGAUCCCAGCUCUACAUAUGGAGAGUCCUAUCAGCACAACACUCCGCUGCACUACGCUGCCCGGCACGCCAUGAUGCGCCUACUCAGGUCAUUUCUCCUAAGCAAAGAUGGCAAUCCAAACAAGCGCAAUGUGCACAACGAGACGUCUCUGCACCUUCUCUGCAUGGGACCUCAGAUCCUUACCUCCGAGGGGGCGCUGCAGCCGAGGAUUUCACGACCGUAUGAAGAUGAACAGCGACGAACAGAAUGCCUUCAGAUUAUCCUUUCAUGGACUGGAGCAAAAUUAGACCACGGAGAGUACGAGACCGCUGACAUAAAUGCCAGUGACAACAAGAAAAAUACCUGCCUGCACUACGCUGCCGCCUCAGGCAUGAAGACUUGUGUUGAGUUACUGGUGCAGAGAAAAGCGGACCUGUUUUCAGAAAAUGAAAACUGCGAGACUCCAUGUGACUGUGCAGAGAAGCAGCACCACAAGGAUCUGGCCCUACGCCUGGAGUCGCAGAUGGUCUUCUCUCUGGCGCCCGAGGCUGAGGGUAUAGAAGCUGAGUACGCAGCCCUUGACCGAAGAGAGUUGUAUGAGGGCCUGCAGCCUCAGGAUCUACGGAGGCUGAAGGACAUGCUGAUAGUGGAGACAGCUGACAUGCUGCAAGCCCCGCUCUUCACUGCAGAAGCUCUGCUACGUGCCCACGAUUGGGACAGAGAGAAGCUCUUGGAGGCCUGGAUGAGCAAUGCCGAGGAAUGCUGCCAACGCUCAGGGGUACAGAUGCCUAACCCACCUCCUAGCGGCUACAACGCCUGGGACACCCUGCCGUCACCACGGACACCUCGCACCACCCAUUCCUCCAUCACCUCACCUGAGCAAGUCAGCCUCAUGCCUUCUGAUGAAGAGGCUUCUCUGUGCGGUAUCUGCUUUUCUUCCAUCUCCUUCUUUGAAGAACCUGUUGACAUGUCCUGUGGCCAUGAGUUCUGCAGAUCAUGCUGGGAAGGGUUUCUAAAUCUAAAGAUCCAAGAAGGAGAAGCCCACAACAUAUUCUGUCCAGCCUAUGAUUGUUACCAGCUGGUACCUGUUGAGGUCAUAGAAAGUGUUGUUUCUCGAGAGAUGGACAAGCGCUACCUCCAGUUUGACAUCAAGGCAUUUGUAGAAAACAAUCCAGCUAUUUGCUGGUGUCCUGAGGCAGGAUGUGAGAGGGCGGUGCGCCUGAACACUCAUGGCCCUGGGACCUCCACUGUAGACCCUCUGUGUUUUCCCCUCCUUCGUGCACCUGCUGUAGACUGUGGCAAGGGCCACCUCUUCUGCUGGGAAUGUCGAGGGGAAGCCCAUGAGCCCUGUGACUGUGACACCUGGAAGUUGUGGCUGCAGAAAGUCACUGAGAUGAAACCUGAGGAAUUAGCGGGUGUGAGCGAAGCUUUCGAGGAUGCAGCCAACUGCUUAUGGUUACUCACCAACUCUAAAGCCUGCCCCAGCUGCAAGUCUCCAAUACAGAAAAACGAGGGCUGCAACCACAUGCAGUGUGCUAAGUGUAAGUAUGACUUUUGUUGGAUCUGUCUGGAGGAGUGGAAAAAGCACAGCUCAUCAACAGGUGGCUACUACCGCUGCACCCGCUACGAAGUCAUCCAGCAGGUGGAGGAGCAGUCCAAGGAGAUGACAGAGGAGGCAGAGAAGAAGCACAAAAGCUUCCAGGAACUCGAUCGUUUUAUGCACUACUACACACGCUUCAAGAACCAUGAGCACAGCUAUCAGCUCGAGCAGCGCCUGUUAAAAACUGCCAAAGAGAAGAUGGAGCAACUCAGUCAGGCGCUGAUUGGAAGGGACGGAGGCCCACCUGACACCACUUUCAUUGAAGAUGCUGUCCUAGAACUUCUUAAGACUCGGCGUAUCCUCAAGUGCUCUUAUCCUUAUGGGUUCUUUCUGGAGCCAAAAAGCACAAAGAAGGAAAUCUACGAGCUUAUGCAGACGGAUUUGGAGAUGGUGACUGAGGACUUGGCUCAAAAGGUUAACAGGCCUUAUCUGCGAACUCCACGACACAAGAUCAUUCGGGCAGCAUGUCUCGUACAGCAGAAGAGACAGGAGUUCCUGGCCUCAGUAGCCAGGGGGGUGGCCCCAAACGACUCUCCUGAAGCCCCAAGGCGCAGUUUUGCUGGUGGAACAUGGGACUGGGAAUACCUAGGCUUUGCAUCACCUGAGGAGUAUGCAGAGUUCCAGUACAGACGGAGGCAUCGGCAGCGUAGACGAGGGGACAUGUCCAGCAUCCGCAGCAACACACCUGACCCUGAUGAUCUCAGUGAUGCUGCUUUAGACACUCAGGAUGUUGGAGGUGGACGCAGACAAGGUCCUUUGAUGGGUCUCGAUUCUCUGGAUGAGGACGACCCAAACAUUUUACUAGCUAUUCAGCUCUCACUUCAAGACUCACGAAUGGCUGGGAGUGGAUUGGACCUUGAUGUCUUUGCUAAUGAAGCUUCACUAGGUGCAAUUGGCACCUCCUUACCGUCUAGGCUUGAGCAGAGCACUCCUGGCAUUGACGUGCCCCCCAGAGCUUCUUUGAGCAGCUCAGAACUGCUGCAGUUAGGAGAUAACUUUGCAAAACCUGGCAACAUCGGCAGUCAGUACUCUACAGCAACUGGUGGGCCCGUCUCUGCGCAGCACAGGGACAUUCAUCAUCGGCUGUUGAUACCAGCGGCUGCAGUUGAUGGAAACUCCUCGACGGGCUUCUUCUCCUCAUCCACCGACACAACGGACUCAACCACAUGUGGCAGCAGCCACAACCCAUCGUCCUCCUCUGCAUUACCAACAAAUGCUAACCUGCUUGGCAAUAUCAUGGCUUGGUUUCACGACAUAAAUCCCCAAGGUAUCACCCUGGUCCCCCCGACCUUCUCUGACACUGACUCAAUCAGGGUUCCAGGUGGUGAAGACACUGAAGAUGAUGAAAAGUGUGGGAUUGUGGUUCUUCCUGUUGAUAGGAAACCUCAGGAAACGCCAGCAGAUGCGGGCACCUGCACUCACAGAAAUAGUGACACGAAGGAGAAGGACUGCGCAGUUGAGAGGCCAACUCAGUUGGAUCUAGUGGGGGUGGGCACCAUGCCGCUGCCUUACAUGGCAACUCUUGACACAAGCAGAGAGCUUGCUGAGCACUCAGGCUCAAAGAGCUGCCAUGCUGACAGUCCGCAUUGUGACUCUGCGUCUGACCAGCUUCCCAGCACCAGCUCCUCUGAGUGGGAGGAGCAUGUGCACUUGGUAUGAGCUUCUUGACUGAGACUGAAGGGAGGGGGCAGAUAAAAAACCACUACAGGCUGAAAAAUAGAGCUGAAGUGAAAUGUUCUCUGAAUCAGUCGCACCUCGCUGAUGAGUGUGGGAGAACCCUUGACUUUCAGUGCAGGCACAUUAGCCCAGCAGAGCAAUCAGUUUGCAGUUUUGCUUUGUUGUCGUGCUCUGAAACCGGUCCUGCAGUGAAAGCACUAACUAAAGACGUCACACCUAAUUACUAUUUUCAAGCAAAUGAAGGCCAAUAAAAAUAAGUACCUUUUUUUUUUUUUAGAAUCAAGCUUAACAAAAGGCAGAUUUGCACAACAUCUAACAUUAUUGUUUUAUUUUCACUGGAGUAAAGCCUACUGUAUAAUUCUGGAUCAGGUGAGCUGAUUAUUGUUUUGCUUCCGUAUUUAAACUGUUUAAACGGAGCGAGAAACUUCUCAGUCACAAAUCUGCCUAUUUUGCAGGUGCCAAACACUGAAGAUUCAAAGCACAAUUUGCAAUCACCAAGUGGAUUCUUUAAAGCAAAUUGUGCCUGCUUAUCUCAAUCUCUACAGAACUAAAUAGGAAUGGUUUGAGCCAUAUUUUAUUUAGGAUUUUGGCUCAGUAAUAAUUUCAAUCCUUUUAAAAGAUUGUUGUGUAAAACUGUACAGUUUAGGACCACGUGUCCUGCUCAAAAGGCUUUCAGAACGGACUAGAGAAUGUUUUUUUCAUCUCAAAGCCUCAGUUUGAAUAGGAAGUGUCCUCAGAGCUUCAAAAGUAGCAAAUGCUGACGGGCCCAGAGGGGCUGCGCAGUGUGAUUCAGCUCACCCCUUUGGAGACUCUGAAUUCAUUUGGAGCUUGUCUUAAAGAAAUGUGGGAGCUGAAAGUGACAGACCUGUUUUUGUACUGCAGGGAAGGCCAGUCGAAAAGAUAACCAGGCAACCACCAACAGGCUUUGAUGAAUCAAUUAUCAUAGGUUUAGGUAUAAAUGUAAACAAGGUCUUUGUAGUUAAAAGCCCCCAACAGCAGGCUAGCACAUGGAUAAAUCACAGGGAGUCCGUGUUAUUGGAGCUGGAAACCCAGUGCCUUCGUGUCUGUCGUCAUAAAUCAGUUAUUUUUCACAUAUUUCUGAGUGCUUUUUACACUGAAACACCCGAUACCUUAAAAUGGUUUCUCUCACAUCAAAUUUCUAGUGUUUAAACACAAACUCUUGAUUUCAUACUUUAAUUUUGUUAAACUGUUUGUAGCAUGAAACCUUUGCUCUACACUAAUGAAAACCACAGAUCUGUGGGAUGGCUUUUAACGGUCAGUAAGGUUGUAAAGGACAGGUUUUGUUUGUGCCCUACAUUUCCUAAAUGACUGUAGUGACUAUAGAACCAGUUGUAUGUGUGCACCAUGAGUCUGAAAACACUAACCCUGGCUUUCCACCGGACGUGUAGUCAUCUCCUAACGUCCCGGAAGCGUAAUACGCAGAUAACCACCACGGUUAGAGUUGAUAGGCUUGUUUCCACCAGCCAGAGCCAGAGUGUUGCAUCACCUUGCUAAAUUUACCCUUUGCGUCUAUUUCGCUUCCAGCGUGCCAAAGCUCAGCAGUUCAGACAGGAAGUCAAACACCACAGACCUUUUGGAGACGGCCUGACACCUUUCAUCGUGUUUGUUAUCGCGAGAACUGAUGAAAUCACGUGUGAUUUUGUAAUUCCACGGUGAUUUUGUGACCUUGUGGGACCAGCUGCUGGUGGGAAGGGAUGUGCUGCUGCGGUCCUUAUGUUACGUUAUUUGCUGCUUACGCAUCCGAUGGAAAGCCCAGGCAAAGAAAAUGCUAAAACUGACAAAAGUUGCUACAUGAAAUAGAUAUUUAACAAAAGUUGUGAAACACAGUGAAGCUUUUUAGCUUAAGGACCUGAUUCUGGUUUUGUACAGAAGUAAAUUUUUACUCUGGUUGAGUGACAUUAACUCCAAAAUCAGUUUAGCUUCUAGAGGCUUGAAGCUGUCAAACAGUGCCAUGUGGAUAAAAGACCUGUGUUGGACCUGAUUACGUCGGCAUGUUAAUCCCUCCUGGUUUUACAACACUGCAUGAGAAACGUUAGACUCUAAACCAGAUUCUGCUUCAUUUCUGUUCCACCUCCUAACGUCUAGGUGAUUUAUUUAAAACACAAAAAACUUUUGUAACUCAAUAAGAUUUUCUAUUGUAAAGCAACUAAUUCUUGAAAUGCUAUUUGCACUUUGAUAGUCUAUACUUGAUACAUUCCCUCUUUAUAUGAAACAACUGUUUGGUGUGUGAUGCCAAUAAACAACGUGCUGAGUUUU